CGCUGUUAACCCCAGGAUUUAGAGUCUUGCCCACCCUCACCCUCGGGUCUGCAGACAGCCCAGGUCCAGGGCGGAACACGCAAGCGCACAACGUGGUCCUCGGGAGGCGCACGCGCGGUGUAGAGCGGUCGCCAUGGAGAUGCGUGGCCGCAGCCUGUGCGGGAGCCCCGGGAGCCUCCAAUUCCCUGUCCUGGGUCGCGAUCCUACGCGCAGAUGGACCGCAGCUGUGGGGCAGGGACGGCGGGGUACCUCGAAGAGGGAGAGGAGGACGAGGAGGAGAGAGAGGACGGCGCAGCGGGCUUGUUGGGGUCUAGGCUGCCCCCCAUCACUAUUGACACUUCAGAGCAAGCCAGAAGAAAGGCAAAGAAGAAAAAGAAGAAGAGAAAGACCAAAGGGUCAGCCAAGGGGGACGCAGAUAAACAUCAAAGUCAAGCCCCGAAGAAUCAGUGUUCUUCAUCCUUGCAAGACAGCCCAAGUCCCAGUAAAGACCAUGGCCCAAGGCCAGAGCCCCAACAGGACAAGGACGGUCACAGGCACAUCCCUUCCCCCUCCUUCACCACGAGUUUCCCCCAGUUGGCCGCAGUAAAAGAGAAACUUUCAAACCAAGUCAACGAAAGUCUGCGCUGGGAUGGGAUUCUCUCUGACCCCGAAGCAGAAAAAGAAAGGAUCCGCAUAUAUAAGCAGAACCGGAGAAAGCGGUACCAGAGUUUGGCCCUCAAGGGCUUCUACUCAGAGCCCGGCAGCAGCCACUGCUCUGAAGGUAACCCCGAGGUGAAGCUCCUGCCCUGUGAUUUACCCUCUGCUCUGCCAGAGUGAAGCCUCCCGCAAUGCGGACAGCUUGCCCUUUCUGCCUGCCACAAGUUUAUGUGUCAAAAAAUUAAAAUAAAAGGAAACCAGAGCUGUAUCUGGAGGAAGCAGACGUCUGGGGUGCAGACAAGGCCAACUUCUCCCACACAGAUGCCCUUAGGUGCCCAUUCCUUAAGGGCACCAGCAACUUCUUAAAAACAGUGCUUUAUACAACUGCAUCUUUUCUGAAAUACACUGGUGUCUGUCUUUGUUAUAUAAGUUCUCAACACGGACAGAUCUCUAUAAUCUGCUCCCUCCCCCCAAAAGAAAGCAAGAAAGAAAAAAACAAAGAAAAAGUUGUGGGACCUAUUUAAAUUCUAAGUCUGAAACUAAUUUCAUGGAUACAGCUUACACAAUGCAAGCAUCUGUUAGGCCCAAGAAAAUGCCCUGAAUAUCCUGGAGAUGUUUUCUUAAUGACACUAUUUAUCCUUAUGUGGCUUUUAAAAUCAGUAGGUUCAAGAACUUCAUCCUUGGAAGGUUAUUAUGGGAAGUCCAAAGGGGACUUUUAUAAAUAUAGUUCUCUCCUAAUCCCUCAGGCGGCAUUUUAAGCAAAGUUCUGGAGCAUUAGAGAUGCCUGGCCAUCCUGCUUAUCCUGGAUUUAUAUUUCCCUCUCCACACAGAGAGAGGGAGGCCUUGUCAGCUUGGUUUGCAUCCAGAAGUAGACCUGGGACAAGCACUCAUAGGCAAGGGGAUUAUUUGGGAGGUAAACGGGGGGGGGGGGGGGGGCAGGAGGGAGAGAGCCAGUCACAGGAUGGUAAGGAUCAAGCCACCCUUCCUGCUGGGCAGCUGGAGCUCAGUCCCACAGGAUGCCUGGGAAACAGUUCAGGCCCGAAUCUCAGGACAGCGGCACCGGAGGCAUGUGCAUGGGGGCUGGGUUCUGACACUCCCCAGGGUGUGUCCCGGGCGAGGGUGAUUAUUUCCUGGCACUUCUAGCCUGCCACCCUGUGCAGGCCGGGGUGCCCACUUCACCUGAGGGAGAAAUCACCCUCAGCACAGAAAUGCACCCUGAAAGGUCCAGAGGGGUAGAGAGGUCUCUGGGUUGCAUGGUUACCUUCGAGGGACAGGGUGGAGUAUGAGAGAAGGUCCCUGGCUCCCAGGGGCUAAGAUAUCGUGGGUAGGCAGAACACACUGUGCCUGGGAGAAAUUAAAAGUCAGCACAGACUGGCACAAUGUUUGUCUGGAACAAAGUAACAGUAGCCCCUCUUCCCUGUUGCCUCUUGGCUAUCAGGCAGCUCGCUCUCCUCUGACCCUUCCUCAGAAAGGCCAGGUGCAGACCUCCCACAUUUGCCACUGAACCCUGGCAAAAUAUCCUGAAGGAAGUUUUGUUUUUUGUUGACACUGAAUAUCAUGCUAACCCUGAACUAUAAUAUUUAGUCCCCCAAAACCACUUGUUUUUUGUUUUAUUGGCUCUGGGGAUCAAACCCCUGACGGGGCUUUGGGAAGUCUCCUCCUGCCCUGGAGAAUGGCCAGCAUCCAGGCCUGGAAAGGACCCUGAAGCAGGGCAGAGCAAGGGGCAGCUGAGCUGGCGCCUCAGAUGCCUUCCAGAGCGACGGCAGUGGGUACCGGGGACACUCUGGGAGCUGCACGGAGGCUCCGAGGAUGCCCUGGAUGCAGAGUACCUUGAGAAUUUAGCAAACUCUCCCAUAGUGUUGAGGGCUGGUUUGUGGUCCUCUUCUUGCCAUAAAGAGAGGAUUAUUGUGGCCGGGCAGCUCCAUUGGCUGCAUGAUCUGAAGAAAUCCUUAUAGAAUCCCCCCAGAACCUAUGCAGAGCACCUCCUGCAGUGGUGCCCAGCAGACAAAGCCUUGCUCGUUGCCCUCCAGGUGAGCAAUGACCUUUGCUUGUUUCUGGGUUUUUUUUUUUUUUUUAUUUGUUUGUUUUUUUUGAGACAGGGUCCCACUGUGUGGCCCAAGAUAGUCUCCAACUUGCAAUUUUCCUGCCUCAAACUCCCAAGUGCUGGGAUUCCAGGCAUGUGCAAAGAAUGAUUCAUUUUUUUAAAGGUUUGAUCAAGGGUCAUGGGAGUGGCUUGCCUGGCAUGCUCAUUCAAGUGAUCUGUACGGACUACACACUUAUCAGUAGCACUACUGACCCUUGGCCAAUGCCAGGGAUUCUAUUCACCACAGACAAACAAUAUCUUGCAAUCUUGAGUCCAAGAGUUGUUUGGGAACAAAAGGUGGAACAUAGGGAAUUUUUAGGGCUCCGAAACUACUGUGACUCAUACUACUGAUAGAUACAUAUUAUACGUUUGUUCAAACUCAAUAGAACUCCAGGAGUGAACCCUAAUGUAAAUUGUAAAUUGUUAGUAAUAAUGUUUCAAUAUUCUGUAAUCAAUUGUAACAAAAGUACUACAUAUAAUCAAGAUGCUAACAAUAGGGGAAACUGUCGCUUGUUAUGGGGUUUUGUGGGAAACCUUUGUACUCUCCACUCACUUUUUAUCAAUCUAAAACUGCUCCCCCAGAUAAAAAUUAUUGUUGCACAUGGUGGUGUACACCUGUUAUCCUAGCUACUUGAGAGGCUGAGACAGGAUGAUUCUAAAUUCAAAUCCAGUUUAGACAAUUUAGAGAGACUGUUUCGAAACAAAAUUUUAAACCAGGCACAUCCUAUAAUCCCAGCACUUGGGAGGCUGAGCCAUGAGUUCAAGGCCAACCUGGACUACAGAACAAGUCUUUGUCUUAAAAAAUAAAAUUGUUUUUGAAAGGAUUGGGGAUAUAGUUUGGUGGUAGAGUGCUUGCUUUGAUACGUAAAACCCUGGGCUCAAUCCCCAAUGCUACAAAGAAAAAAAUAAUGUGCUAGUUGGAGAGUGCUGUGGCUUCCAUGUGACCCUCCCUGAAUCUCAGCAUUUGCUCCAGGGAAAGCCAGCUCCAUGUCGCAGGCCACCUGAGGAGACGCCAGGUGGCCAGGAACUGAUGUUUCUAGUCAACAGUAGCAAGGACCUCAGCCCUGCCGCCGGCUGCACAGGUGACCCUAGGAGCAGGUCCACUGCCAGCGAUGCCCUAAGAUGCCGCAGCUCCGGGCGGGCUUCAGUGUCAGCCCUGGGAGAGUCUGGAGCCAGGGCAGCCAGCCAGGCUGCACCAGGACCUGACCCACAGAAGCUGUGAUAAUAAAUCAGUUUGGGGUUUUUUUGGUUUUGUUUUUUUGUCUUUUUUGAGACAGGGUCUCGCUAUGCAGUUCAGGCUGGCCUUGAGCUCACUUUGUAGCCCAGGCUGGUCUCGAACUCGCAACGAUCGUCCCACCUCAGCCUCCUGAGUGCUGGGUUUACAGGCUUGAGCCACCACGCCUAGCUGUCUUUUCUUAUUUUGUUUUUGAAACAUGGUCUCACUAUACGGCCUAGCCUGGCCUCCGACUCUGGGCUCAAGUGAUCUUUCUACUGCAGCCUCCUGAGAUGCACAGGACCAUGCCUGGUUUAAUAAACUUGUUUUAAGCCACUAAAUUCGGGGACUAUUUUGUUCCACAGAAGAAGCCAGCUACAGUGGCUGGCAUCCUCCUUUAUUAUGGGCUAUGCAGUAAAACAGCUGCUUCACCUCAUCUGAGGGCUGGAAAACCCCAAAUCCAAACUUGUCAUGCAAGUAGUAGUUCAUCCAGGCACUGCAGACAUCCUUGCUGAUGCUCUAAGGAUUUUUUUCCCCUCCAGUACAGGGAGUUGAGCCCAGGGAACCCCAGCCCUUUAUAUAUUUUAAUUUAUUUUAUUUUUUUAAUUUUGAGACUGGUACUCAUUAAAUUGCCCAGGCUGAAUUUUAACUUGUGAUCCUCCUGUCUCAGCCUCCUGAGGAAUUGGGAUUACAGAGAGGCAGGGCACCACUGCUUCUGGCUUGAGGAUUUCAGUGUAUUUCCAAAAGCCUUGAUGUAUAUUACAGGGCGGAAGUCAUUGCUCAGUAAGAGCUAAAUAUGGUAACAUUGACUGGGCCUCUUUAACUUCCUUAUUUUUGUCAAUUAUACAUCAGUAAAACUGGGGAGGAGAAAAGACGGAUGGUUUUUCUCAGCGCUGUGCCUAACUCUGUACUUCUUUCCUGCUAUGUAUUUUUUUCUGUGCUAUCUCCCACUUAAUUAUAAUUGUAAUAUUCAGUGGCA